AUGGUCCCCUCAGGGUUCCCCAGACCCWCCUCACACCCUUCCUCCUUCACCAGCAGUAUCUCUGGACCCUCCUCCUCCUGGAAGAAACAGCAUCUGUUGACGUUCCGAUUCAAGCGACGGUUCAGAAGACGGAUCAGCAGGGCUCCGUAUGGUGGUUGGRUGGAGGCUAACAGAGGAGACUGGGCGACCAUCUUGGAUUACCAGACCCAGACCGGUGCAGCCAAGGGCCUAACGGACAACAUCACUGAGCAGGCCAGMACCAGAGGCGACAUAGUGGAGGUCAGUGGAUGGGACAGCGUCUUGAACUCUGGGCUCAGGAACAACACUGUUAACUACAACCAGAAACAGACUGUCGAACACAAAACAACAACCGAACUUAGUCUGCAUGACAACAGACUGGCUGAGACCAGGGUGAGGCAUAGCUUUGGUCUGCGGGGACGGGAAGGUGUCGGUAUGCGGCGGGAGAGAACACACACAGACUCGGCUAGCGAUGCUCCAUCCUGCUCCUAUAGUUGUGAUUCAGAGAGACUGAUGACGCCUCAGGUUAAUCCACUAACAGGUGCUGCCUUCAGCCUGACUUCUAUAGGAUCUAUCAACUGGAACAUGGACCCUGCGACAACACAGACACUUCCUGGCCUUCGUCCUCCUCACACUCCCCUAAUGUUAAACCAUAGCUCAGACAAUGCCAAAACACUAAAUGGCUACGCAAGCCCAUUUACAAAUGAUGGUAAUAGAGACGUAAUCAGUAAAGGUGUCAGCGCCUAAGAGAAGUGCUUCCCGUGUUCAUUCUGUGGGAAAGCCUUCAGUUUCCCCGAACAGGUGGAGCUCCACCAGAGGAUGCACACAGGGGAGAAAUCUUUCGUCUGCCACCUGUGCCGGYCCAGUUUUCAGACUCSUCCAACCUGAAUAMGCACCCGAGGGUCCACACAGGAGAGAAACCAUACAGCUGCCCCCAGUGUGAGAAGAGGUUCUCCCGCCAGCACAAUAAGAAGAUGCACCUAAAGGUCCACACAGGAUAGAUGGCGU